AUGGGUAUCAGCACUUUGUGGUCGGCCCCUGAGGUCAACCCCAUCAACAAGAAGGCCCGCUCUAUCCCUGUCCUCAACCCGAUCAACAACUAUGGUCGUGUAUUCUUCUUCUCAUGGUUUGGUUUCUUGCUGGCAUUCUGGUCUUGCGAUGUCAUUGCCAAGGACAUCCAUCUCAGCAAGCACGAGAUAGCCAACUCCAACAUCAUUGCUUUGACUGCCACUCUCCUCGUCCGUCUGGUUGCUGGUCCUGCUUGCGAUCGUUUCGGUCCUAGAUACACGUUCGCUGGGUGCUUGCUUCUUGGAGCCAUUCCUACCUUCCUGGCCGGCACUGUCAAGAGCGCUGCUGGCCUCUACGUUCUUAGAUUCUUCGUUGGUAUCCUCGGUGGCUCCUUUGUGCCUUGCCAGGUAUGGACCACUGGCUUCUACGACAAGAACAUCAUCGGUACUGCCAACUCGUUGACUGCUGGUCUUGGUAACUCUGGUGGUGGCAUCACUUACUUUGUUAUGCCUGCCAUCUACACCUCGCUCAUGCGCGACCAAGGCCUUACUGGUCACGUUGCUUGGCGCGUCGCCUUUGUCGUUCCUGGCAUCUUGAUCACUGCUGUUGCCCUGGCUCUCUUCUUCUUGUGCGACGACACUCCUACCGGCAAGUGGGCCGACCGUUUCCAAACCGCCGAGACCAACCUACGCUCUCACGCUCUCGAGGGCGCCAUCGUUGACGUCCAAGGCACUGGCGAGAUCACCGGCGAGAAGACCAGAAAGGAAGCCUCCCGCACACCAUCCACCUCGGACGUCGAGACUGAAGAAAAGAAACUCGACAACACGCGCGGAACCUUCAACGACAAUGAAGCUCACAUGGGCGAGGAACAAAUGCUCGAUACCGUUCGCGGCGAAGUCGUCCAAAAGCCAUCCUUCAAAGACGCCAUUCCUGUCGUCUUCUCACCCCAAACCCUCGUCUUGGGUAUCUGCUAUUUCUGCACUUUUGGCUGCGAGUUGAGCGUCAACAGUAUCCUCGGAACUUACUAUUCCAAGAACCUCAAGCUCGGUCUCCAGGAUUCGGGUAACUGGGCUGCCAUGUUUGGUCUCUUGAACAUUGUCUUCCGCCCUCUCGGUGGCUUGGCUUCCGACUACGCGUACAGGAUGUCUGGACCUUGGGGCAAGAAAGUGCUAUUGCAUGUCUAUGUCACCCUCGCAGGCAUGUUCAUGGUCAUCACCGGCGCCCUCAACCCUCACUCACGCCCCGCACUCGUCGGCCUCGUCACCGGCGGCGUGGGCUUCUUCCUCGAAGGCGCCAACGGACUCAACUAUUCGCUUGUCCCUCACGUGCAUCCUCAUGCCAACGGCAUUGUUUCUGGCGUCGUUGGCGCCAGUGGCAAUCUUGGCGGUAUCAUCUUUGCCAUCAUCUUCAGGUAUAGUAUCGAUGGCAAGACUACGCUGUAUGGACAGAGUUUCUUGACUAUUGGUGCUAUCAUGAUGGGCAUGGGUGUUUUGACCUCUUGGAUCAGACCUAUCCCCAAAGGUCAGAUUGGCGGCCGCUAA